UCGCUCUGGCCUGGAAGUUCUCCCGCCUUGGAGCGGGGCCGGGAUUCCGUGUAAUCCCUCCCUGUGUGUUUGUGCGGAAGCUUUGGCGCGGCGGAGCCUUUGAGGGACCGUUCUCGCCUCCUGGGUCCCUUGCUUCCUGCUCGUGAACCUGCGGCGGCAGUGAGGUGUUAGUUCCAUUGUGCAGAGCGCGGGCUCCGCCGUCCUGCGGGCUGGGUUCGAGUCCUUUUUGCCACUUGCUGGCUUUAGGACCCAGGACAAGUAAAUUCAAGGCUCGAAGCCUCAGCGAGUCUGAGAUGGGGUCUUCACACCGGUCCUCACGAGACUACCGCGAGAUUUUAAAAGCGCUUUUGGAGAAAGUGUUUGCUUUGGCUGGAGACGCACUGGAUGAUCACCAAAACCUACAAAGGAGACCUGGGCCUUGGGGUCCCAGAGAAAAAGAAGAAGAAGAAGAAGGUAGUCAAAGAACCAGAGACUCAGUACUCAGUUUUAAACAGUGAUAAUUAUUUCACUGAUAUCUGUCCCACAAGAGCCACAUCCCCCUCAAAGAAUGUGGUCCUAGGGCAGGCAUCUGAGAUCCCUCUAGUGAAGAAAAAGAAGAAAAAGAAGGGCCACAGCACCCUCUGCGAGGAGCACCUAGAACCUGAGACCAUAUUACGUGCUGGACGGACAGAGAAGUUGUACAGCCCCAGGAAGCAGGCUCUUGGUUCAUCUGAGUUCCAGAGUGGGGAGAAGAAAAAAAAGAGGAAGUCCUUAAGGCCUCUGGCCGUGUCUUCUGGCUCAAAAGUGAAGACCUCCCCGGACACAAGACAGGGCGAGGAGGUGACCAGAGUUGGCAAGAAGCCCAAAAAACACAAGAAGGAGAAAAAGGCCCAGGAGGCUGCAGCCUUCUCAGCCAAGGACCCUUGGUUCUGUGAGUCUGGGGAUACACUGUACACUUGCUCAGUGGAGAAGGAUGGCGAGGAGCAGGCAGCCUCAGGGCAGAAACGGAAGCAGGGGAGCCCCAGGGAAUGCAACGUGAAGAUGAAGAAGAAAAAGAAAAUCUACCAGAAGAGAGAUACCUCCCUAGAAGAGCAUCUUGAGUGCUCCAAGUCUGUGGAGAGCAGCUCUAGAAAAGGAAGUAAGAAGCCAGUCAAAGUUGAGGCUCCAGAAUACAUCUCAAUAGGACAUAACCCCAAGUCCCCUGCAAAGAAGAAAAUGAAGUCCAAGAAAAAGGUAGAGCAGCCAGGCAUUGAGGAGCCAGCUCUGAAGAGGAAUAAAAAGAAGAAGGGGAAAGAGAGCAGAGUAGCAGAAGAACCUUGGGAAGAGGAGCCUGACACAGACUUAGAGGUGGUGUUGGAAAAGAAAGGCAACAUGGAUGAGGCGCACAUAGACCAGGUGAGGCGAAAGGCCUUGCAAGAAGAGAUCGAUCGUGAGUCGGGCAAAACAGAAGCUUCUGAACCGAGGAAGUGGACAGGAACUCAGUUUGGCCAGUGGGAUACUGCCAGCUUUGAAAACGAGGAACAGAAACUGAAAUUUCUCAAACUGAUGGGUGGCUUUAAAAAUGGGGCCCCUUCAUUCAGCCGCCCCUCUAACACGAUCGGAAGGCCCAACAUGGCUCUCAGCAAGAAGGCGGCCGACGCCCUGCAGCAGAACCUGCAGCAGGACUACGACCGGGCCAUGAGCUGGAAGCACAAGCGGGGCGCUGGCCUUGGCUUCUCCACCGCCCCAGACAAAACCUUUUAUAUUGACAGGAAUGCUUCCAAGUCGAUUAAGUUUGAAGAUUAGACUCUACUGUCUUGUCCUUCAAAACAGCCCAAAUUGCUUUUAUUAUUCAUUUAUGCAGUUGAAAGCCAUCUGACAACUGUCUCAGAUCAAACCUCUGCAGAGAUUAAGGAAAACUCUGCCUGUGUGCUUGGACGAAGUAGGGUCAGGGAGCUCAUGUUUCAGAAGCCAAGAGAACAUGUGAGUGGCUAACACCUACUAUUUUGUGUAUUAAGCAUUCCAUCCCUGUGUGAAGACAUCAGCAUAUAUAAAUAAUAGCUAAAUUUGCUGAGUGCUUAGUAUGUGCCAGGUACGUACUACUGUGUUUCCCUCGCAUUAAUGUAGUUAGUAAUUAUGAAAUAGGUGCUAUUAUCCCCAUCUUACUGAUGAGGAAACUGAGGUUCAGGGAUGAAGUAAUAAAAUUGCCCAGUUCACCCAACCAGUAAGUGCCACGUGUUGGACUUCUGUAUCCCACGUCCUGUGUCACUAUUCACUACUCCGAAUGUCCCCUUCUAGGGAAUUUCACCAGGAAUACUCAUGGGGGAUGAAAAUCUCUUGAUUGAAGAGACAAGUUUUGUGAGAUGUCUAAAUCUCAAAUAGGAAGUAGAAUUGAUGGUAAACAGGUAAGAGCAAGCUCAUUUUCUUUUCCCAUCCUGAAGGCAAAGAGGGGUCUGAAUGGCCACCAAGCAGAUGUGGCUGAGCGUCCUCUGUGGUUGGGAAAUGUGUUUCUAAACCAAUUUUGCCUUUUCUGGCUCUCUUGCCUUCCAUCCUCAGUGUUGAGCUUGGAUUUAAUCUUCAUGCUUUAACUGAAUUCUGACCAAGGCAUUUUAGAGAGACUGUUAGUCUUAAUGAACUGACGGCAAAUUCCCAGGGAUAUGUCUAUUAGAAUCUUUGUGACCACAAGGGAGAGAGUCCUAGGUGACUUGUGUGGUGGAGGUCUAAUGCCAGGAGGCCUGGGAUGCACAGGAAGUUGCCUCAUCAUGACACUGCUGCUAUGCCUGGACCCUACAACCAGCCUCACAGAGCUCCAGGUACAGUGACCUGAGUGACAAAUGACCACCUUUUCCAUUCACCUAGCAUUUUGCAUCUGAAAAUACAGGUUCUGAGUGUGACAUUUUCACAUCACUUGGCCUGAAUGCCUCCUACAGAUAUCCCAGCUCAGGUAGCUAAAUAGCCAGGAUAUUCAGUCUCUCACUGGGCAGGAAGUCCUGAUGUGUAGGGAUUGACUCAGCAACUCAGCAAGGAAAUGUUCUUUUCCUCUCUGCUCCAUCCAUCCUAUUGGCUUCAUCAGGCUGCUUGAAAGAAUAGCUGUAGCAGUUCUAGGUGGGAUAUCAAGAUACUAGAACAUUCCAGAGGAAGAAGAAAAACCUUUUGGCUCAAGGAAAGUUCCAGAAGACCUUUCAUCGUCAUUCAUUGCCUAGUGGUCAUACGCCCAUUUCUGAGCCAGCCCCUGGCGUGUGGAGGAAGAGUCUCCUCAGGCCAGUCAUAAAGGAAGAGUGAGGGGCAGGUGCUGGCAAGACAAACAUGGAGUCCACUACUGCCCCACUGGGCAGAGGUGAGGCGGGCCUGCCUGGGUGCUGCCUAGUAAGCAUGGGCCAGGGAAGAGGUCGCACAAAUCUAUCCCAGCAGUGUUUCAGGUGGGUCACUUCACUCGGAAUGUGAAUUGGGCCUUUGAUGGAUUCAACCUUGAGAUACAUGAUGGAAGAGGCCAUCUAAGUGCCUGGAAGGUAAGGUUCUGUGUUUGAGUUAGCUACUUCAGAGCACCUCCUUUUCACAGGGGGAUAAAUCUCUCCUGGCCUUGAUCUACACCACAGGAAUUCACUCACUGUAUUGACUGUUUCUCUCAGUCUUUUUAACUUGUCAAGAGAUCACUCUACAGUUUGGGCCUGCCUUGGCUCGUCAGGAAGGGUUGUGCUCAACCAUCUCUUGGGUGAUUCUGGAGAUUAGUUAAUUAGUUGUCCACUCUCUUGUCCCCAUAGUGAUAGUUCUCAUUAGCGAUGUGAUGGUCAGGCCUUUCCCCUCCUGUCAUUUAGUAUAAAUAGUCCGUGUAAUAGGAUUUGACUUUCAAACUUAAUGUAUCACCAUUGGCUGAAGAGUUCCACUGGCUUAGGAGAAGGUUUAUAGUUUGUUUCUGAAGGAGGGUCUAACCAGAGCAGAUGGAACAGCCCAGACAGCAAGAUGGCCAGUGGCCUCAAAAUGGACUUAACCUUGGUCUGCAUUGACAAGAGUGGCAGAGACACCAUUUCCCAAGUGAGGAGGUCUCUGUCCUGUAGCAGUGUGCAGUCCCGGGAGGAUUUUCACUCUGAGCUUCCUGUGUUAGCUGGGGUCCUCGCUUUUGUGAAUUAAACGCAUUGACUUGUGCCACCUCUGCCCCUUUUCCCCAUGUCCAGAGCCAUCAAUUUGCAAGGGUUUUUUGGGUGUGAUUUCCUAUGCUCUUGAUGUCUUGACUCUGUAGAACACAGCAUGUCUCCACUGCAAAAGGCGGUUUUGGGAUUUUUACUCAGAAUCGGGGCAGGAGAGGUCUGGCAUAUAGCACAGCCAAGGUCUUAGUUGAAUAUUUAACAGCCCUGUUCUCAUUUCUCCCUUGGGGAUUUCUCACUCGACUGACCCUCCUAUUGGCAGGGUCCUUCCCUCCUCAGUUGCCCUUAUCCAGCUAUCUCUGAAACCUUAUGAUUCUUAAUUACUUCAUCCUUUGCAGUGAUUCCUGCUAUUUCUGCCUUAGCCUGCUAGGCCCUACCCUGAGACUUGCUUUCCAUAACUAGACCGGUCCAUCAAAAGUAUUUGCUAGAUAGACAAAGUUCUCCUCGAAAAGAAAUUGUGUAUUCAGCUCUACAAACAGAAUUAUUGAGGUUUGUGAUUGGCAGAAUAAUGACCCCCCAUGGGGUCAUUGGACCCCAUGGACAACAUAUGUUGUCCAUGUCCCAGUCACCAGAACCUAUGAGUGUUAGCACACAAAAGAGAGUUUAGGGUAGCAGAUGGAAUUACAGUUGCCAGUCAGCUGACCUUAAAAUAAGAUGAUCCUGGAUUGUCUGAUUGGGCCCAGUGUAAUCAUAUGGGUUCUUAACUGUAGAAGGGGGAGGCAGAAAUGUGGAAGAGACUUGUAAGAAAAACUCAACAAGCUGUUGCUGGUUUUAAGUUAGAGGAAGGGGCCACAAGCUAAAGAAUGCAGAUGGCCUCUAGAAGCUAGGAAGGUCAAGAAAACAUUCUCCCCCACCUGCCCCCAGAGCCUCCAGAAGGAACAAAGCCCUGCCCAUACCUUCAUUUUGAGGGUAAGCCUGCUGAGACCUGUUGGACUUGGGAAAAACAGAUCUGCAAGGUGAUAGAAUUGUAUUGUUGUAAGCCACUAAAUUUGUGGUAAUUUGUUAAAGCAGCAAUAGAAAAGUAAUACAAGUCUCAUGCAGAACUUUUCCUCAUUUUUUUUUACCUUAUUUCUUAAAAUUCUUUGAAUUUUUAUUGUUCCAUUGUCCUUUGUAAUGACAUCCCCUGUAGGCUCUGGUUUUCAGAGAUUGGCUAAUUGAUUCAGUAAUGGGCUGAGGAAAACCACAACAGAUCAUAGAAAAUCUAAGCCUUUGCCUGGGCCUGGUGACAGAUGGUUCUGAAGCUCCUUUGAGGUAAUGCAUUACUCAACCUAAUACGAAAGUCCAAAUUCAUGUCAAUUUAAGAACAUUAUGUUACUCAGGCUUGGGAAUGAACGCUGUCUGAUAUGAACAGCCUCAGAGUAGAAGAAAAGACUUAAAGCGGGUAAUCUGUGAAUUUGCCAAUUGUGUUUCAUUCAAACAGAUGUAUCAUAUAGUAACAGUGGUAUAUGAAAUAAUUUUAAUGGAAAUAAUUUUGUGAAAUAAAGGUCCCUUGGUAAUAUUUGAG